AUGUCUUUACCAUACGCAGUUGAUGCUGAACAACCACUUCAACCUGCCGAAUUGGCAGUUUUACGUGAUCAAUACUUAAACGAAUUAAAUCAAGGUCAUGCUUCAACACAAACAAAGUUUAAUUAUGCUUGGGGUUUGGUAAAAAGUAGAAAGAGAGAAGAUAUGGCUGAAGGUGUUGCCCUUUUGACAGAAAUCUACCGCUCAGAUCCACCACGUAGAAGAGAGUGUCUUUACUACCUCUCUUUGGGACACUACAAGAUGGGAAAUUACGAAGAAGCCAAGAGAUUCAAUGCCCUGCUAAUGGAACGCGAACCUCACAAUCAACAAGCUCAAAGCUUGAACCAAUUGAUCGAAAAAGGCGUUGCAAGAGAAGGAUAUAUCGGUAUGGCAUUGAUGGGAGGAGCAGCUGCCGUCGGAGGUGUGAUUUUGGCCGGCUUGAUGCGUCGUGGAAGAAGGUAAAUUAAGGAACUUGUUAAUAUUCUUACUCGCGAUUUCAUGCAUUUAUCAUAUUUGACAAUGAGAGUGAAACCGUUCUUAUAAGCGUGAUCUCACCGACACUAGAGUGUAAUUGUGUUUGCGUGCAAGUUCG